AUGGCACACAUUGCGUUGGCUCUUCUCAGCAUCCUGGUCACAGUCAAUGCAGCCUUGGAAGUAAGCUAUCCUAUCAAUGCACAACUACCCCCGGUAGCUCGGGUAUCGCAGCCAUUCGAAUUCGUCUUCUCGCAAGGCACGUUUUCUGGUAGCAACCCGGACACCCAAUACUCGCUUUCCGACGCGCCGUCAUGGCUCAAACUAGACAGCCACAGCCGUACACUAUCCGGCACGCCCCAGAAGGAAGACCAAGGAUCCCCGAAAUUCAACCUCGCAGCAUCAGAUGGGUCGGGGUCAGUCAGCAUGGAGGUUACCCUGGUCGUGACGACAGAUGACGGACCGAAACCUGGGAGGCCAUUGCUUCCGCAACUCGAAAAUAUGGGUGCAACAUCUGCUCCAGACACGAUCUUCAUACACUCGGGUGACUCAUUCUCGUUAUCCUUCGAGCCCGAAACAUUCACCAACACGCGCCCAUCUACUGUUUACUAUGGGACUUCUCCCGAUAACGCCCCGUUGCCAUCAUGGGUUGGAUUCGAUCAAGCGUCACUCAAGUUCUCGGGGGCCACACCGGCUAGUGGACCUCAGACCUUCAGUUUCAAUCUAGUUGCUUCGGAUGUGGCGGGGUUCAGUGCAGCGAUCAUGACCUUUGAGAUGACGGUUAGCCCACAUAUCCUGGCCUUCAAUCGGAGCACGCAGACUUUCUUUCCUUCCCGAGGGAAACAGUUCACCAGCCCUCAAUUCGCAAGCAAUUUGACAUUAGACGGUCACGAUAUAACGAAAGAUGACUUGAAGGAUGUCCAUGUGGACUCCCCGAGUUGGUUGUCUCUGGACAAGGAGACCAUUUCACUGAGCGGUACUCCUCCGGCAGAUGCAACAGACCAGAAUGUCACCAUCAGCGUGACAGAUGGAUUCCAUGAUGUGGCAACGCUAAUUGUUAGCCUGCAAUUUUCUCAGUUCUUCCACAAUAACCCAGAUGAAUGUGAUGCCACUAUCGGGAAAUAUUUCACGUUCAUCUUCGACGACGCUGUCUUGACGAAUGACUCGGUCCAGCUCGACGUGGAUAUGGGACAGGACCUGUCGUGGUUACACUACAACCGCGACAACAAGACUCUCUACGGACAGGUCCCUUCGGACAUUGACCCGGGGAGUUUCCACAUCAACCUCACGGCUCGAGAAGAGACGGCAGAGGACACUCGCCAGUUCACAAUCAAUGCGGUGUCGGAAGAGGACACAGAUGACGCCCAGGGCCCGGUUGAUAAUCCAGACCCAGGCCACAGUAGUAGCAGUCACGCAGGAAAAGCCGGCAUUAUCGCUAUUGCGGUUGUCGUUCCGUUCGUGUUCUUGAGUACCGUCAUACUUCUGUUCUGUUGCUGGCGUCACAAACGUAAAGCAGCCGCCACCUCCCCCGAAGAUGGGGAAUCAUCUGAGAAGAGAUUAUCACUGCAGCCCGAUGGUGGUGGCUUUACUCAUUGUCAACGUUUUGAAGACACCACUCAGGGCGAGCCACCAGAGAUGUUUCGAAGCCCUUCACCAUCAUCGAAGCCCCCCAAAUUGGAGCUACCGUCGUGGAGCGCAAGUCCCCUAGGCGACACGGGGCAUCUCCGGGACGCCGCUGACAAGGAAAACACCUUCCCAGGCUCGACCAUCGAAUGGGACUUUGCGCCUCUGCGAGGAGGAGAGCCCGAGCCGGAGGAGAUAAAACCGGUCGAAGAAGCACCAGCACAGCCGAAGCGACUGUCCUUCCAGAACAGCCCUCCUUUGCGCAGAAAGACCACGACCAAUUCCAGGAAACGCGAACCUCUCAGGUCGAUUCAACCCAGGAGAUCUUUGAAGCGAAAUUCGACUGCGUCUCGAUCACGGAGGUAUUCCAAACGGUCCAGUGGUAUUUCCACAGUUGCGUCGGGGCUCCCAGUAAGACUCAGCGGUGCUGGACAUGGGGCAGGUGUUUUCGGGCCUCCAGGGCACGGCGUGGUUCGCAUGUCCUGGCAAAACACCCAGGCAGGCUUCCAGAGUGAUGAUAGCGAUGUGGAAAACUUGGCCCCUCUGUUCCCUCGACCACCGCCGCGCACACGAGAGAGUGCAGAAUACCCGAAACGAAUGAGUCUCCGAACUGUAGAGCCCGACGCUCUCACAAUCUCCGAGGCAGACUCAUUGGAGGCAUUUGUCCACAGCCGUGCGAAGAGCCGGAACUCUUCCAACCCCCUGUUUGCCGGCCAAUUCAGCCGUCGGGCGUCUUCGGGCGGCCGUGCCUUAGAACGAGCCCGGAGUACAGUCAGUAGGGCGGACACGUUAGCGAGCUCCAACUAUGUCGAUGAUUAUCGACACUCCAUCCAGGACCGUCCGUGGUCGACGGCAAUGUCUGCCUCCAUAUACACCGACGAUAAUCGCCAGUCCGCUUAUCUACACUGCCUGUCUGAAGAAUCCUUCGACACGCCGAUGCCCGGCUCAGUGCGCAAGUUGCCCAGUCAAUCCAGCCUAGCGCAGAAUUACUCGGAUGCGAUCGCGCCGCUUCCUCGGCCCUACAGCGAGCUGAGCUUGAACAGCACAAGACGGUUCUAUGGAGGGGGCGCGUUUGGCAAAGAAAACGACCCACCCUAUGAGCAGCACACCGGGGGAGGAACUCGCCCUUGGCUCCAGGCCACUUCCUACUCACAUGGUGACAUGCCUGGCACUGGGCCGCCUUUGCGACACAGUCCCUCCCUUUUCUCGAUCCCACACGACAACCGACCACGUCGGGUGAGCUUGACCCGAGUGGCAGAGCAAGAUUGGGACGAGCCACAGGCCAUGGCCAUCCCAAGAGACCUGACAGGAAGCGUGCGAAGUGACACGGCAGCCUUUGUGUAAAUGAGGAAGACUGGAG